AUUUUUAUUUGUAAAAAAUUGUAAAAACCAUGUAUCAUUUGCCUUCCACGUCGCAGUUUUGCGUAGAUACAUCAUGACAGAAUACAUUGAAGUUAGGGGUUGUAAUGAAGUCGUAAGGUGAUACAAUCUGGAAAGGUUCAAAGGCUGUGAAAUUUACAGAACAUCGGCCAGAGUGAAGCUUUGAACAUAUAUCUUGAUAGUUAAACAGCAGGCACUGCAAACACCAGCUGUACAACAUCCCGAUCCUGUCAACAUCCGCUCUUCAUUUGAAAAUUUCAAAGAUUUUAAGUGUAGCUUUUAUUUUGGAGAGUCAGACCGGACACCGCAUGACUUGCGGUAUCUACCUUGACUUCCCUGCUUGGCUCUGCAAAGGACACAAUGCGUUUUCCCAGCGAGGAGCCGGCGGUGUGUCGGAGCUGACAACAGAUGCUGGAGCUUCGCUGCAUCACAGAUGUGGAGCAAUUCGUGGAGCCCCAGAUCCUGAGCGGACCAUGGGGCCGACAGGGCCUCUGCUGCCGCUGCUGAUCGGACUGCUGUGGUGCCGCUGCGCCCCGCUCUGUGCAGCAGUCUGCAAAGAACAGGCAGAGAUCCACACAGAGAGGAGGGGUGUUCUCUACAGCCCUUCUUGGCCUUUAAAUUACCCACCUGGCCUCAACUGCAGCUGGCGCAUCCAGGGAAGUCCAGGAGAGGUCAUCACCAUCAGUUUCCGUAACUUUGACCUCAUGGAAUCAGGAGGAUGCAUCGGGGACUGGCUCCUGCUGACGCCGACGUGGAGCGGAGAAUCCAGGCUGUGUGGUUCUGUGCUGCCUCCUCCUUUUAUUUCCACCAGGGGGCGCGUUUGGCUCUACUUUCACUCUGGGACCAACAGCUCAGGGCAAGCCCAGGGGUUCCGUCUCUCCUACAUCAGAGGUCACCUUGGUCAGAGCAGCUGCCAGUCAGAUGAGUUCCUGUGUGGGAAUGGGAAGUGUCUUCCUCGUUCCUGGAAGUGCAACGGGCAGGAUGAAUGCGGUGAUGCCACAGAUGAACACGGCUGCUUCCCGCCUCCUACUGAGCCCCUUCCCAGCCUCUGCCCCCUAGGCUCCUUGCCGUGCACGGAGGCCCAGACCACCCGCUGUCUGCCUCCGUCCCUUCUCUGCAACGGAGACCGAGACUGCCGCGAUGGAAGCGACGAACUGCAUUGUCCAGACACCACCUGUGGCAAGCGGCUGGGGAACUUUUACGGCUCCUUUGCCUCACCUGACUUUUUCCACGCUGACCGAAACUCUGUGACCGAGCUGCGGUGCUCCUGGCUGCUGGACACUCAGGACCCCAAGCCCAUCAUGCUGCAGCUGGACCUGCAGCUGGGACCUGGAGAUUCCCUCCAUGUGUAUGAUGGCCUGCUGCAGCGGGCGGAGCAUCUCUUACAGCUGUUGUCACACCAUAACAACCGGCGGCCGGCGCUGCUGGAGUCGAGCCGGGGCCAGAUGAGUGUUCUGUACAUGGCGCAGCCCCACAGCCCCGGGCGUGGCUUUAAUGCCACGUAUCAGGUCAAAGGUUACUGUUUUCCCGGCGAGCAUCCCUGCGGCAGCGAGCAGGGCUGCUACUCUGACCAUCAGCGCUGCGACGGAUACUGGCACUGCCCGUCGGGUCGUGAUGAGGAGGCCUGCGCGAUGUGCCCAGAUGGGGAGUUCCCAUGUGAAGGAGGCACCGGUGCAUGCUAUGCAGCGUCCGAGCGCUGCAACAACCAGAAGAAGUGUGCGGACGGCUCGGACGAGAAGAACUGCUACGACUGCCAGCCCGGGAACUUCCACUGCGGGACCAACCUGUGCAUCUUUGAGACGUGGCAGUGCGACGGCCAGGAGGACUGCCUCGACGGCAGCGACGAGAGGGACUGCCUGGCCGCAGUGCCCAGGAAGGUGAUCACAGCAGCCCUGAUUGGCAGCCUGGUCUGCAGCCUCCUGCUGGUCAUCGCUCUAGGCUGUGCCCUCAAACUGCACUCACUGAGGAACAGAGAGUACAGAGCUUUCGAGACUCAGAUGACUCGGAUGGAGGCGGAGUUUGUUCAGAGAGAAGCUCCUCCUUCCUAUGGUCAGCUGAUAGCCCAGGGUCUCAUUCCCCCCGUGGAGGAUUUCCCAGCGUACAACCCCACCCAGGCCUCAGUGUUGCAGAAUCUCCGUUUGGCUAUGCGCAGGCAGAUCAGACGUCACUCAACUCGACGAGCCUCCUCUUCCUCCUCUCGAAGGCGUCUCGGGAAUCUGUGGAGUCGGCUGUUCCACACUGCAGGUCGAGCCAGAUCCACUGCACCGCUGGAUCCAGUUGAACCUGCACAGGUCACACUGGGGCUCCACAGCUACCAUACUGUGACAGAGGAGGGGCCUCUGGGUGGGGCCAUUUUGGGAGCCCGUGUCCAAGAUGAGGCUGAGGAAGGAGGCUUUUCAAACGCCUACAGCUCAGCUGUGGUAGACCUGCAGGCCAGCGCGCCUGAGAGCCCUGCGUCUCCUUUGUCCCUCCACUCAGUGAACAGUUCGGACCCAGAGGAACUGUCGCCUGUCAGCUGCAGGGAUGCCGGUGUUUCCCAGUCUGAGCCACCCACCCCUCAUGCAGCCUCUGCACCACCCUGCCCCCACCGGCCGUCGAGAAAAUUAGUUCUGGAACUUGCAGUUAACCUAAAGGGUGUUUCCUUAAAACGGUACGCACCUUUGGGACCAUUUUCCCCCGUGUCUCACCCUUUGCUUGCAAGUAGCUCUCCAAUACAAUCAGCCCCAUUUCACCCUGAGGGUUCAGAGGUGACGUCACCCUCUGGGCCCAUGUCUUCUUUAGAGGAAGCAGCGGAAUUUGACAGCCAUUUUUCUGUGGACGUGCCAAGUGGGGAUAGGAGCAAUGCGGAUGAGAUGAAUACAGAGGGAGCAAGCUGACUCAGCAGAUUCAAUACAGUGAGGAAGCUGUAGACUCAGGGAGGGAAGUGCCAAGACAUAAACAACUCUCAGUGGGAAGACCUGAUAUCUGCUACACACAAGUGUCCUUCUAUUAUGUCUACAUCAGAUUGAGAGCUUUCCUUUUCACACACAGAAGAUACAGACCCAGCUGAAUAUUACCCCAGUUAAUAUUCUGAAUUUAUGCAGUGUGUACUUGUACAUAGGGUUGCAUAUGAUGUGCAUAAAACAGUAAUGUGUGUUGUAAAUCUCUUUGUGAAGCUCACUGGGGAACUUAAUGUUGACUCUUACGAUGCAAUGCAUAGAAACAGCCCUGAUCCACCUGUUUGGCCAACACAAAGAAAAUCUACCUAACAAGCCAAAACAGCUUUUGUGUCAUUACCCAGAGCCAUUAUACACCGCUACUGACUGUGAGCCCUGGAAACCUUUUUCCUUCCCAUUCAUAAGAUGUUAUUAUUGUAUGGCAUUUUUAAUAUGUCUGCCACAGUUAAGAAUGAAGGUGGGGUUAUUUAUGACUUCCGUUUAUUUAUUAAAAAGGUUAAACUUAGUUAUUUAUCAACCAAUAAAAAUACUACAUUCAUUGUAAAUAGACAGUUAAACUUUGCCUAGUUACUCAUAUUGUUUUUAAAGAAAAUACAAUUGCAGUGAUUUUUAUAGGACUGGUGUACUUUCCAUUGUUCCUGCUGACAAGGAACAGCAGAUAUAAUGUACAACUGUUUUUAAAUAAACAUAUUUUGCAUUCCCAUUUAAUUUAGAUGAUUAUCUGAAUGCAUUUCAGAUCCAGGUUAAGCCUGACAUUCUCAUGAUGUUGAUGAUUAUAGUUGAAAUAAUCAUAAAUAAAUGUUAUUAUUUAUUGUUAAUUUGUGAUGGAUCACCUUCAGCUAAAAUCUGGAAUAAAUGGCCCCUACAUUUAGUAAUAAAUAUCAAGUAUACCAAUGUAAUAUAUUUUUGCAGUAUAUUGUGCUCUUUGUAGAGUAACACAUGUAUAACGGGCUGGUAAAUAAGUCAGGAUAUGAGUUAGCUAGCCAACCUUCAUUCGGCUGCUUCAUGGACAUGCUGUAUGUAGCUUAACAACUGUACAGUAGUGUUGAAACAGCUUAGUAAGAGUGGUGGGUGGAACAGCCUUUAGUUUCAAAGCCAUGACUGUUCUUAUUUUUCAUAAUCAAAAAUAUUUUAGCCAAAUUUGUCUUUCCUGUAAGCAAGGGAAAAGUACAAGAGCCUUUUCAAGCCAGCUCUGUGGCAGUGUGCAGCAACAGGUAGGGGAAGAGGAGUAGGGGAGAGUGGGUAAGUUGAGCCGCCCCCUGUAUCUAGGUAAGGGUACACAUUUGUUGUCAUGUGACCAUAAAUUCUGCAGGCACCCUCCAUCUUGCGUUCCCUGUGAUUUAUAUAAGCAUGUUGUAACAUGGUAAAUAUGUAUGUAAGUCCUUUACUAAAAUAGUUUUUGCUUGUCAAAGUAAUUUUUUACAUUUAGCUAAAUUGGCUGUGAAAGCUAAUUUAUCUAGGUUUAAAAAUGUAUAUUAUACAUGUUGAUGAUUUACUAGCAUAUUAAACCACUUAAAUUAUUUAGCUAAAGAUUAGCUUGAAUUGCUAAGCUAGGUCGUUUUUUCUGAAGUGGUGGCUGUGGGGUAAAGUAAGCCAGAUGCCUUGGAGUAAGUUGAGCCAGUGGUUCAAGUUAUCCCACCAUGAAGCAUGAGGAACAUUAUGUCUAAAAUGUCAAAAUGUUUAUUUUAGUGUCAUAUUACAUAGCUGUUUGCUUUCUUCCUAAUAUUUUACACAUUUUAGUAAAGUAAUCAUGCCAAGAAAAUACAGCAGAAAGACAGACAGGGGUCAACAUCCCAAGAGGAAAUGGAAAGAACAGGUGCUGAGGUGAAGGGAGGAAAGAAGUGUUUUUUCAGAAGAGCAGCAGCAAAAAAGAGAGAGAUUGACAGGUCAACGGUGUGCUGAUUUUAAAAAAAGAAGGAAGGUAAAGUAAGUGAAAACUGGGGUACAGUUGGACAGCAAGGGCAAAGAGAGUCUUCACAGAGGAGAUAGAGGAGCUUGCAGACCAUAUCAAAGAUCUUGCUGACCAGUUCCAUGGCCAGAAUCCAAAGAAAUGCUGUGAAUCUGCAUUUGAAGUUUCAGACAGAGACAAGAUACCUGUCCCCAAUAACUGAGAAGAGAAUCGUUGUACUGGUAGGGCGUUAUGCGCCUUUUCUACUGGCUCUAUUUAGGCCGCACGGCUCUGCUCCACUCAGUCUCACUCUACUCGGCACAGAACCUGUUGUGUUUCAGUUGACCCACUGACAGAUGGAGCUAUGGCUUGAUGCCCCGCCUCCAGCCGUCAGUGCAGUGCGCUGUGCUGUGCCGCUAUUGACGUUACUGUGUGUCAUUGUCACAUUAAUGUAAUCUGCGUAAAACGAUAAAAAUUAUAAAUAAAUAAUUAAAACAUAAAUAAAUGAAAUACAAAUAAUGUUUGUAUUGUAUAUGCAAGAAUAUCUUAGAAAUAUUUUUUUUCAUGUAUAAAAUAAUCCCGUACUUGUACUCGUCGUCUUCCGCUUUAUCCGGGACCGGGUAAAGCGGAAAAAAUAAAAUAAUCCACUGGGAUAAUAAUAAAGCUCAGGGGUUUUGAUGUGAGUGGGGGUGGCAGGACAAACAGGGAAGAAAGACGCUGCUGUCUGGACUGGUAAUGCUCCAAAGUUUGCAUUAAGAAGCUACAAUUUUGGGCUUUAUGAGGAAGUUUGCACAGGCUGGUUCGCUUAGGGGCUGUCAGUACAUUUCCGAACCCAACACUCAUGGUGGUAUUGUUUUAUGUUUCGGGGGAAAUGAUCAGCUGAUAUAGCGCACUGCCUACGUGUAAUUCAGAAAGCUUUUCUUUCAGCCUUCAGGUGUGGAUUAUUAUUUUUAAAUAGUAAAAUUACAUUUCGGUUUAACCUGCUCUGGCCAUUGUGGUCCUUAAUAUUAUUGUAGCUGCUUUUGAGAUUUAAUAACUUUUCCCUGCACUAACUCCUCAAAAACCUUCUGAUUUCUCCUGGUCCCAGGGCCAAUCACUGAACAGCAGUCUGUUCACGUCACAUGUAGCCCGGUCAUACCUGCUCAGGAGCAUGGACGAAAAACCUAGGUACCGGUACUAAAUAGAGCCAGAGGAAUAGGGGCAUUAGAGAGCAUAUAUAGGUCAACAAAAGUUAACUGUUUUUAUCAUGUAGGCUAAUACAGUAUCCUCAGGUCAAUUUACCCCCUGACAUGUCUCAACUUACCCCUAAGCUGGGGUAAAUUGAGCCACAACACCACUUUCUUUGAAGAAGUCAUUUUUUUCCCAUAUGUCAUGGAAUCAUUUGUAGCAUUUCCACUGAUGGAAAACAUCCUGAAAUAAAUGUAGACAUUUUUGUUUUACUUGUGUAUCACUUUCCCUUGCCUAGAGGACAUCAUAAGUAAAAAAUUGGUCAACUCACCCCACUGUCCCCUACUUUGCUACUCCAUGCUCCACACAGCCAGAGAUAAACCGUGGUCACUCCGGCACAUUUUUGGAAGCUAAUAAAGAACUUUAGUUUAACCUUCACUGUUUGACACAUGGAUAUUUGUUGGUUUUAAAUGACCAAAACACUCACAGUCUCCUUGAACUAAAUUAGCCAAUGUGAGCGUCUCAGCCACAUGAUGUUUCUAUUUUUAAUGACUAGCUGGCAGCUAGCUUAGCUUAUAGACCGGAAGACUAGAUUUGCAAUGGUCUGCUUCUUUUUCCAGUCCAUGUGCUGAUCUAAGUGGAUACUUGCUGUUGCGAUAUUCAUCAACAUAAUUUAUCAAUAUUAGUUAUAGAUAUUAUAGUUAUAUCAGACAAUAUUUGUGUGCAAUGUCCUUUAGCAAGUUUGCUUAGUACAGAGUUUGGAAAGUGAAGAAAUGGAUAAAAUAUUGCUGCUGCUUUCUGUUUUCAUUCUUUGCGUUUGGUUAAACUAAUGGCUUUUGGUUUUAUAUUUUAACAUUUAAUGUUUCCUUGAGAUAUUAUUUCACCUCUUGUGCAACGUGACUUGAAGCCAGUUAAAAAAGGCUGUUUUUUUUCCUGGUUUUGAACUUUGUACUAUGCUAAGCUGCUACAGGCCUUAUAUAACAAUAAUUGGGUGUUUUUUUUAUUAAAUGUAUUUUAACCCUUGUGCAAUAUCUGUUAAGCAAGCAACAGUUUCAGUCUGUAAGAUGUUAUCUGUAUUUUCUUCUUCUGGCAAAUAACUUUUCAACAAAGGUUUGGGUUCAGCUAAUAAUUGUAGCUUAGUAUUAUUAUUUGAUACGUCAUGAGAUUUGAAAUACCAAAAUUUGGACAAACAUUAAGAUCAAAGAUCAAGGAUGUUGCCUGUAAAUAGGUUCAUCCACAUGACCUCUUGUUUGAAAAAUCCAGACUGUAUCUGUUUGAGCCUCUGCUCUGAUUUCGACUAAAUGCAGUCAAGUCUUGAUGUGAAUCAAUGGAGACGAGCACUAUGGAUCCAAGUCUGUUUGCUGAACAGACUCUGCUUGAGGAAAUGUUUAACUCAUUUUCUAUUAUGAGACAUUAAAGAGAAUAACUCUAUUUUCAGUCUUCA